AUUUCCUCUUCAGUAGUAAUUCAACUCUAAACGAGUCCAGAUGUAACUCACGGCAGAAUUUUCAAAAUUUUUUGUAAUUUUUUAAAAGUUCCGUAAACGUUCAAAAUGCGUGAAGUAGUGUCUGUUCAUGUCGGCCAGUGCGGGGUCCAAAUCGGAAGCGCCUGCUGGGAAUUAUACGGCGUCGAGCACGGAAUAAGUCCUGAUGGAUUUUUAACAGCUGACAGCUUAAGCUGCAACGCCGAAGACUAUUUCAGCGCGUUUUAUCAAGAAACCGUCGCCGGAAGAUACGUACCCCGCGCAGUAUUGGUUGAUCUGGAACCUACGGUGAUAGAUGAAAUCCGAAACAACCAGUACAAAGAGCUAUUCCGUCCAUCAUCGCUGAUAUCCGGUAAAGAAGACGCAGCCAACAAUUUCGGACGUGGAUAUUAUACCAUCGGUAAAGAAAUGGAAAAUACAAUUUUGGAUUCGAUUAGAAAACAAACCGAAAUGUGUACCAGCUUCGCGGGAUUCUUCAUUUUUCAUUCCAUGGGAGGAGGUACCGGGUCCGGUUUGACUACCCUCCUUAUGCAGAAAUUGGCUGGUGAAUAUGGAAAAAAACAUAAAUUAGAAUUCGUCAUCUAUCCAUGUCCACGAAUGUCCACAGCGGUGGUGGAGCCUUACAACGCAGUUUUAAUGUCUCACGGUACGAUGGAACAUAGCGACUGCGCUUUUCUGGUCGACAACGAAGCACUAUACGAUAUCUGCAUUCGACAACUCGACAUGGAACGACCUACUUACGUUAGCUUGAACAGAAUAUUCGGCCAAAUAAUAUCGGCCUUAACAGCUUCGAUGAGAUUCGACGGUUCCAUCAAUGUCGACUUAUCGGAAUUCCAGACCAACUUAGUACCAUAUCCGAGAAUACACUUUCCGUUGGUCGGAUACGCGCCAUUCCACUCGAUAAACAAAGCUGCUCACGAGAAAACCACCGUCACCAACCUGACUCGAAUAUGUUUCGACAGAUCGAAUUUAAUGUUGAAAUGCGAUCCCUCUCGAGGUAAAUACAUGGCCUGCUGUAUGCUAUACAGAGGCUUGAUCCAAGUCAAAGAAGUCAACACCUCGAUACAGCACGUAAAAGCCAGCAAAAUACCGUUCGUAGAUUGGUGCCCAACCGGAUUCAAAAUAGGUGUUAAUUACCAACCUCCCACUGUAGUGCCAGGCAGUGGAAUGGCGCCAGUUAAUUUAUCGCUUUGCUCCAUCAGCAAUUCGACCGCUAUCGUCGAAGUUUGGUCUAGAGUUAAUUAUAAGUUCGAUUUAAUGUUCGCCAAACGAGCUUUCGCCCAUUGGUAUCUGGGCGAAGGAAUGGACGAACAGGAGUUCGUCGAUGCUCGUGAAAAUCUAGCCGCUCUAGAGAAAGAUUACGAGGAAUGCGGCAAAGACUCUGAGAAGACCGGUGACGAAGGCGAAGCGGAAGAAUCGACCGCCAUGAGCACGACAGCAUCGCCGGGCGACGUAAGCGAAGCAGUAACCGAAAUCACAGCUGGUAGUGCACCUCCACCUUGAGCUAAAAGUAUUCGGUUUUAAAUUAGUGGGAUUUUAUUUUUAAGUUGUGAAAUUUUUUACGAAACUCGUGCAGCAUGCUGAAUAAUGUAACAAAAGGCACCUGAAAAUAAAAGAAUGGCAAUUUUA